GCAGUGCCAGCUCCAGCUCCCCGGAGUUUGACAGCGGCAAACAGCCUCCUUCUCCUCUCCCCGGAGCGCACCGUGGAUCCGUGCCCCCGCGCGUUGCUGGGUGAGCUGCCUGAUUAAUUGCGGAGCGCUCCGGCCGAAGAGCAGGAGAUGUCCGGCUACAAGACCAACAUGCGGCUGCGGCUGCCCGUCACGUGCAUCAUCCUGCAGGUCAUACUCAUCAUCCUCUUCGCUGUGGUGGUCGAGUACGACUACGAGACGGACGCCAAGAAGUGGCACCAGUACCUCAGGAAGCACAACGAGUCCACGAACAUCGAGAACGACUUUUACUACCGAUACCCCAGCUUCCAGGAUGUCCACGUGAUGAUCUUCGUGGGCUUCGGCUUCCUCAUGACCUUCCUGAAGCGCUACGGGUUCGGCAGCGUGGGCUUCAACUUCCUGAUCGCCGCCUUCUCCCUGCAGUGGGCCACCCUGAUGCAGGGCUUCCUGCACGGGCUGCACCAUGGCAAGAUCCACAUCGGGGUGGAGAGCAUGAUCAAUGCCGAUUUCUGCACGGGCUCUGUGCUGAUCUCCUUCGGCGCCGUGCUGGGGAAGACCAGCCCCGUGCAGCUCCUUGUGAUGGCUGUCUUUGAGGUGACCCUGUUCGCGGUCAACGAGUUCAUUCUUCUCUCUCUGAUGGGGGCGAGGGACGCUGGCGGAUCCAUGACGAUCCACACUUUUGGGGCGUACUUCGGCCUGAUGGUCACCCGCAUCCUGUACCGGCCCCAGCUGGAGAAGAGCAAACACAAAAAUGGCUCCGUCUACCACUCUGACCUCUUCGCUAUGAUUGGUACCAUUUACCUGUGGAUGUUCUGGCCCAGUUUCAACUCUGCCAUCACUGCCCAUGGGGACGACCAGCACAGGACCGUCAUGAACACUUACUACUCUCUCGCUUCCUGCACGCUGGCCACCUACGCCAUGUCAGCGCUGGUCUGUGGGGAGGGCAAACUGGACAUGGUCCACAUUCAGAAUGCCGCGCUGGCAGGGGGCGUGGCGGUGGGCACGGCGGGUGAAAUGAUGCUCACGCCCUUCGGCUCCAUGGUCGUGGGCUUCCUGGCGGGCACCAUCUCCACCCUGGGCUUCAAGUACCUCUCGCCUGUCCUCGAGGCGAAGCUCAAGGUCCAGGACACGUGUGGCGUCCACAACCUCCAUGGCAUGCCGGGGAUCCUGGGAGCCAUCGUAGGGGCGAUCACUGCCUCUUUGGCUACACACGAUGUCUAUGGAGAAGGGAUGGAGGAGGUGUUCCCAGACAUCUUCAGCGGGGAAGUGACGGCGUUGAAGCAGGGCUUGAACCAGGCUCUCUCCUUGCUCAUCACGCUGGGCAUCGCGCUGGGGGGCGGCAUCAUUGUGGGAUUCGUCUUGAAGCUCCCUGUCUUCGGAUCCCCUCCUGACACCAUGUGCUUUGAAGACGGGGUCUACUGGGAGGUGCCAGAGGAAGACGAGGCCCACGACGAGCUGACCGCGGUUCGACACGAAGCCCCCGACGAGACGGAAAAGCCACUCAACGGUUAACGCUCAGGAGGAAGCGGCGCCGAAGCUGUCCCACACAGACACCCCCACACACCCGCCUGCACACCCACACUAAACCGAAGAACACGAGCUUUUUAAAUUCGUUUUCUGGGUCCUUUCAGACUGAGCCACAUCACCGAGCCGUGGAAUCUCGUCUACCUGGGUACCUGACCGUCCUGGCCUUACCUUGGCGUGGUCUAAGACAUUCAGUCAGAUCAGCUGUGCUGUGUCCUCUGUGUCCUGAGCGGAUGUGCUCGGAGCCACAGGCUCAAGGCUCAGAGGGCGCUGGCAGUCCUGCUCUCAAGGGGCUCUUUUUACAGCUUUCUAGCCCAGAGGCCACAGCGAGCGCGUCCGAAAAAACUAACCGCGCUGCAGCUGCGCUGCCUCUCGCCUGAACUGAAAAAGAAAAUGUUAAAAAUCUUAUCUGCUGCGGUUACGCUUUUUAAUAGAGUCCCUUGUUUGCCAAGCUGAUACCUGAGGUUUCUAAAUCUCUGAAUUCCAUGAGCACGGUGAGCCUUUUACAGCCAGUAAAAUUCCGUUCCCAGCGUCUACACUCACACACACUGAAUAGUAUAUAUUAAUUUUCAACUUAGUAGUGAAGUGGUGCUGUUUUUUCAUUUACCACGCUCAUUUCCCCCCAAAACACGUGAAUAGACUCACGUGUUUGACGUCCGCUACGCUCAAGCAAACAUGUUCUGUUAACAUUUUCAUGUUUUUAUUUAAAAUAUGACCCGUGUGCUCCUUUGAUUCAACCAGCGUCUCCUUUUCUCGUCGCCUCUCUGUCUCUUGGGGCGUCACUUGGCGUCCGCUGAGACAGAACGGAGUAAAUUCAGUUGACCGAUUCCUUACCCGAGUACUCCUUACAAGAGUCUUGUAACUCUUGAACGCUCCUCUACGCGUAUCGUACGAGAUCGCCGGCGGAGCCGGGACAGUGGCCGAUACGAUUCUGAAGUGCUUGUCAAGGACGUAGAGAGCCACCAGGGGUCACUGUUGAGCCUCUCUGGUACACUGCGUAGGAAAGAUGCCAAACCUGUCUUAACUAGAAUAGUUCAGUUCAGGGAGUUCAGAGAGUGUGAUUUGAAAAGAGGAAGAGCUUUGUUACUCUACCCUACCCUAAAGUUUUUUAAAUUAAAUGUUUAAAAUUCGGCUUUGCAUUUUUAAAAGAUGGGAACUAUUUUUUCCUUCUUUGAACGAGAGUUGAGAUCGUUUAAGAUGCAGCAAUUUUUCAUUUUUUCCCCCUUUUUCCCACACUGAGAGAUAUAAUUCCCUCCUGAGAAAAGAUAACUUUAAUGCCUCAAAAGCAAAGCCCGUUCUUCCCAAUACUCUUUUGAGAAACAGUGUAACAUGAAAAACAAUUGGUUGCGCAUCAUAAAUAUUUUUACAUGUACAGAUGACCGGUUUGAAAUGUAGUUAAAAGUUCGGCUCAUAACCUGCCCUGUCUGUUUAGUAGAUUAGCAGAUUUCUUCAUUAAAUUUUCGCUGUUAUCUCAGAAACGACCUCUUCAUGUUUCUCUAUCAACUUCCGAAACUUUGUUACACAACACUGUUACAUUUAGGGCAGAAAAAAAAAACGUAAGCAGCUCUUUGACUAAACGAACAGCCUCAAACAACAGCAAACCUCGCCUAAAAAAAGAUUCUUUCCCUUUUGCAAAAACUACAAAUAAAAGCACUGUUGGCCAAGCCAAUACGAGACGACUUUUUUUUAGCAGUAGGCUGCGUGUUUACGGCUUCUGUUUCAAGUGUUUAAACGAUGUGUCUAAACUGUAGUACCGUGGCGAAAACUCACGGAGAAAAAAGCUUAAAAUCAUUGUAUUCUCGAUAUUCAAAAGGUAAAAGUUGAAAAUAAAUAAAGAAUUUAUGGCUCCUUUUUCACAAA